GUACAAUUGCACGUUAAUGUUAUCCUAUUUUGGUAAACUCUUCUAAGUGUAACUUCAUAACGUGUUUGUUAACAUGAAAUAUUAAUUGGAAAAAAAAAUCACAAUUGAUUAGUUAAACAUAAAAGUUACAGCUGGAUUAUAAGUUUGGUCAAAGUUAUGCAUUUGAGGCAUAUAUCAAUAAAUGGAAAAUGAUCGUUAUGCAUCUUUCGUGGCAUUAAGUGCCUACUUGAAUCGUCUUAGGUAACAACAGACUUCUUCAACAAAAUGCAUCAGUCGAUAAUUAGUAUACUCACGGGCUGUUUGUGUGUUUGUACCGUAACUAUUUCAACCUCAACCUCAUCGACGACUGCUACUUCUAGUACACCAUGGACAUCGGCUGCAUCUUCACUUGAGACAUUAUCUGGAUCUGAACUACCAACGAGUACUACUCAAUCAGUUAUUGGUUCUAUAACGCCUACAAAUACAUUGCCAUCAACAUCGACCGCGGAUCCAACGUCUAAAGUGGAAACUACGUCCGAUGUUCUAACUCCAACGAUAAUUCACACACCGACAACGACCCAGCUUUCGACUGGGACUGCAGAAAUGGCAACUGUCAAAGAUACAACGAAUACUGAAACGAGCGUUAAUCCCACGACACAUUUAGAAACAAGCACAAGUCUUACAUCUGAUACAGAAGCGGCCGUUAUUCCUACGAUUAUUUCAGAAGCGACCACUACAGAAACGUUCGUAACUCCUACGAUCAAUUUAGAGACGACAACUCGUCUCACGACUAAUACAGACACGAGCGCUACUCAUACGAUACAUUCAGAAACAACAAUGCCAGACACGGAAACGGUACCUACGGCUUACACAGGAACGACAGAAAGUAAUACAACCUAUUCAGAUACUACGAAUCAAACUACGACUAAAACAGAAUCAACCACAAUUUCUACGAUUUAUUCGACUAACAAACAAACGACCGCAAGUCCUCCUACAGCAAACACAAACACGACCGACACUCUUACGAUAAAUUCAGAAACAACCACAGGUCCUACGACCGAAGCAAUAAUGUAUAAUAUGACAAUUCUGCACACCACCACGGUACCAACAGUGAUCACAGGAACGACAGAUAUUCAUACGACCAAUACAGAUACAACCACUGAAACUACGACUUAUACAGAAACGACCGUUACUCGGAUUAAAACAGAAACAAUAACAACUGUAGAUCGUUCAACAUCGACACAACCAGUAAUAACAACGCCAUCAAGUAUGUCGCCAAGUGUAACAUCGAUGUCAAUUGGACCGUCAAGUACAACAGCUAUAUUUGAAUGUUAUAAUGUAACAGAACUGUUUAAUGGAAACGUAACUAUUUCGGCUGAUGGCAAAUUCGCGAUAUACACGUGUCAUGAUGGAUAUAGGUUGAACGGCAGCGAACUACGCACUUGUGCUAAUGGUACUUGGAGUGGAUAUGAUCCGAGCUGUUUGGAAAAUUGUAAAAUACCAUUAACCUUUGCAAAUGGAAACGUUAGUUUGUCGGCUUCAAAUACUAGUGCCACUUUCACGUGUAUACCGGGAUUCGUUUUGAACGGAAGCAGCCAGAUGACAUGCGGCGAUGGCAACUGGAGCGCAGCUAUACCAACUUGCCACAGAAAAGUUUGUGGAAAUCUCACUGACCCAGAAAACGGACGUUUGAUCCAAAAUGGAUUGUUAUAUGAAUCGAUGGUCAAUUAUACGUGUAAUAACGGAUACUACAUAGUUGGCACAUGGACACGGACAUGCCUAGAAUCUGGACUUUGGAGUGGUCAGACGCCGAGGUGUGCAAAAGUUGCUGUAUCGACAUGUACGUGCAAAUAUUACACGGAUAUUUGGGGCGUUAUUUGGUACGAAUCCCUGUGUGGUCAAACUCAGUGGUCACAGUGUCCAAAAGGAAGUUCAGGGAAUUACACCAGACAAUGUGACAGCAAAGGUGUUUGGGUUAACUUUAAUAACACCUGUAUACGGGAGGCGAUUAGUAACAUUGCAAAAACGCUGAAUGAACUGAACGCAACAAAUGCGAACUCAAGUGCCAUUGUCAACGUGUUAAUUACAAUGACGGCAGCGACAACUGUAAAUACCACCACAUCUGAAAAACUAACAGGAGGAGAAGUUUCAAAAUUAGCCGACUCGUUAUCAAAAGUUGCAGACAUCUUGAAAUCCAGUACCGGAACGGUGAAUAUAACAACAAGCAUGACCAAAGAUUUUCUAACAUCAACGAGCAACCUGUUGGAGGAAAAAGAUACAUGGAAAACAAUGAAAGAAUCGGGUACAAAUGAUGGCGGCAAAAUUUUGAAAGCAGUAGACACAUUGACGGACGUACUGAGAAAAAGCUUUGAAGCCGAUUCUACAAUAAAUAAGACCUUUUCAACCACAAAUAUUGCAAUUGAAUUACUUAAUAUGACAGGUAAUAAAGCAAUUCAAUUUCCCGGCGGAGUUUUCGCAGAUACACUGGAUUGGGGUGGCGAAAGAACGAAAACUGCAAUAACUUUUCAACCGAGUAGUUUUAAUGCUUCAUUUGCAACUGGCGUCCUUUAUCGAAACAUGUCCGACAUUUUGCCGACUCACUCUUCAAAUGACUCAAUCUACACUGAAAUCCGUGGACAGGUUGUGGCGUUUUCGGUGUCUGAUACAAGUGUUAAUUUGACGAAAAAUAUUACCAUACAGAUUGAACAUUUUUCGCCAUCAUAUACAAACCCGCAAUGUAGUUUUUGGAAUGAACAAUCAAGUGGAAGUGGACAAUGGUCAACACUGGGGUGCUUCUUUGUCAAUUCGACGGCAAACCUCACAACAUGCGAAUGUAACCACUUAACCAACUUUGCAGUUUUAAUGAGCCCAUUUGUAGAGGUUGACAAUAUUCUUCCGUUAAGACUGGUUUCCAUCAUCGGCAUAAGUGUCUCCAUUUUUGGCCUACUACUGACGGUGUUACUUCAUGCGUGUCUUUGGAGACAGGUGAAAAACAACAGAUCGUCCCUUCUAAUAAAUUUGUGUGUUGCCUUAUUGUGUGCGUAUAUUGUUUUUCUUUCUGGAGUGGAUAGAACGGAAAGUAAGGCAUUCUGUGCUGCUGUCGCUUCUUUACUCCACUACAUAUACUUGGUGGUAUUUUGUCUUAUGCUGGUGGAAGGGAUCGAGAUAGUGAUCACUGUAGUCUAUGUCUUUGCCACCAAGUCAAGGGCUAGACCAAUGAUUAUUCUGGCAUGGGCUAUUCCGGCCGUAAUAGUUGGAAUAAGUUUGGGAGUGACGAAGACAAAGGGGUAUGGAAACGAAAACUUUUGUUGGUUGUCUAUAAAAGAUGGCGUGAUUUGGGCUUUUGUUGGGCCAACUCUACUUAUAAUUCUGCUGAAUGUUGGAAGCUUAGUCAUUGUGCUGAGGAAACUGUUUACAAUGAAAGCCAUGGAAAAUAAGAACUUCAAAGACAAGAUCCUCACCAGUGUGCGGUCCCUGUGUGUGCUGGUACCAUUGAUUGGCGUGUCCUGGAUACUCGGUAUCUUUUACGUCAACGAAAACCUCGCCGUCAUGCAAUACGUUUUUGCCGUUUGUAAUGGCUUACAGGGCUUCUGUAUUUUCCUGAUCCACUGCGUCUUUAACCCAAAGAUGAGAGUGGCAUUAUGCAUCCGGUAUCGUCGAUUUAAAUCCGAAGCCGACACAAAAGACUCCAGACAUAAACGAUCCAAUGCCACGAGUAACAGUACCCCUGACUGGAGAAAUUUGAUUCUUGAAACCUCGUCAUAUGAAACCAUUAAUGCAUCUACCGAAAUUGGAAAGAUUAAGCGGCCUAAUGUGGAUUAUAAGCCUUCGUCCAGUGAGGACAACGGUUACCAUGACGAUAAUGCGGUCGGAUACACAUCGUUGGGUAUGAGUAAUGAUGGAUACACAGCGUAUACGGGCUACAAUAGACACGCUAAACAUUUUUCGGACAAAAGAAAGGCCGGAUACCUCGAAUAUAGGAAUUACACUUCAACAGAACUUUAAAACUGUUCGUAUGCACCAUGCAUGGUAUUUUUGGAGCCAAUGAUCGAAUAUUGGUUGUUUUGUGUUGCACGAAAGUUGUUAUAAUAAGUUUUAAUAAAAAUAAUUUAAGACGAUAUAUAUAAACAAGAGUGUAUUAAGUUUUAUGCUUUUAAGUUGUCAUAUCGUUAAGUUUUCGUUAUUAGUAAUGAUAUGAAUGAACUUACAUCUUAACGUGUUUGGGGUUUCUAUCUUUGUUACGAGUUUGCCUUGUUAAUUAUAACCUGUGUUUUGUACGACAUUGUUUUCUUCACAUGUUAGUUUGUGUGUUUCAAUAAUAAAGAAUACAGAGGUUA